AUGUGGGAUUCCUCGGGGGGCGUGUGGCACACUGCAGAGUGCCAAAGAGCGUGCGAGUGUGAGAUGAACGGUGGAUUGCGCAACACGAUCUCUUGGUACGGGGGCGUGGACCAACUGUAUUGGAGCUCGGGAGGUGCUGUGGAUUCCACAGGCGGGCUGGGCGACGUCUUGGUAACUCUUGGCCUAGUGCUACUCGGCGACGCGGCAGUGGCAACGCCAAUGUCCAAGUAUCCUCGUGGGGGCUGGGACAAUGCAAGCUGUGCAAAGUACCCGUAG